AUGGCAAAAGAUAUCAUGAUGUUGGCGCCAAUGUUUGAACAAAUAUUGGAGCCAAUAUUGGUUGAAAAAAUAACUUUAUACACCGAAGACAACCAAAUAAGAAUUAAUACACUUCAUUCAGAGGAGAAAAAUAUGAACUUUCAUAUACUAACCACUUAUUUGGCAAUUCUGGCGAAUGUUUGCCAAAAAUUCGACAAAGACGGGGGUCGAGUAUUAGAUUAUAAGAAGUGGGGUCACGAAGACAGAAAAUGGACAAUGGCUUUGGAAAAUAUAUGA